AUGGCAAUGCAGCAUACGGAUAUCAUGCCUUCUGCCCGUCUCAAACCAAUUCGCAUCGGGACUUUGGUCAACGGGGGUCGUGGCCAGCAUUGGCAACAUGUCCAUCAACUGUUUCGAGCGACUGCCAGGAUGUCCGAUUACUUCCAUAUGAAUGGCUCCAUCUGCUUACCUACGUUAUCCACUAGACGGGCUGAAUUUGUCGGCUCGGGAUCUUUCUCUGGAGAGACGCGUGCGCGUGCGGGAUAUGACAUGCUGGCCCACAAUUAUAUACAUACCUACACCAAGAAGCCUCGCCCUCUUCAACAGCGGAGGAUUGUGAAGCAUCGGUUAGCAUCGUCUGAUGAUGUUGCCCGUUAUUCUCAGCCUCAGACUGCUUCAAAAUGGGGUUUGGCCGGUGUGUGUAUCCGUAUAUGUGUGUCCUGGAUACUCCAAGGUUAUCCAUCCGACCUCUUGCGAUGCCAUCUGCCGGCUGAUGUUGUCGUCGAUGCCAGAGACCAAGACAGAACUGAAUAG